AUGCCAUCACUCACCAUCAACCCUUCGUGUCCAUCCGACGGCACGCACACCGACUCUCCUACCGAUGCCAUCACUCACCGUCAACCCUUCGUGUCAUCCGACGGCACGCCGCUCCGUGCAUCGGCAACAGCCAUCGUCGUCAGAACCAAGGCCCUAACACGCACUAUGCCCAAGGCACGGUACGCGGCAGCCAUACCAGCAGCCAUACGCAGAACCAAGGCCCUUACACGCACUAUGCCCAAGGCACGGUACGCGGCAGCCAUACCAGCAUGGCCCGAAGCGUGCGUGGUCGUGAACCACUUCGAGCCCGCGAUGCAUGUCGACCCCUUCCGAGAACUCGGCGGCAUUUCAUCCAUCCGUGCCUUUUGCCCCGACUGCCCUGGCCGCCCGUCUUCCCCGCCUUGGGCUCCGGACGUGGCCACCGCGUCGAUCCGGUUGUCCAUUCUCGCCCGCAUGGCACUCGUCGCUUGCCAUCUCAUCGAUCCGAUUGUCUCCUCUCGCCUUCGUGCGCCGGUAUGCGUGCGUCUUCGGUACCCUCUCUCCCUAGACUCCCAAACGCCGUGA